AUGACAACGCCAUGGCCAACAUGGCCUCCAACGACUCCAUCAUGGAAUUGUGAGUCCUGGGAAUUCCGCUGCAGAAAUGGUCAAUGUAUUGAUCAAUCCUAUUUUUGUGAUGGUCGAUAUCAUUGUUCUGAUAGUAGUGACGAAGAUUUGUGUAAUUCUGCAGGUUAGAUUUCAACUUCUCUGAGGUUUUGUCGGUACUGCGGUCUUGCUGUGAUGUGUGUCAUUAGCGAGCUUAAGACCUACGACGCGACCGGCUCAACGACGCGCUUGCGAAAGAAAGAGAUUUGUUAUGCAAGACAAAAACUGUCAAUAAUUCGUGGUCCCAGGGGUAUUUUCAAAGGUUUUGUCAUGCUCAACAAACGUUAAACUAAGCAUUAUCACGUCUUUCAUGCAACGUGAACGCUUAUUACGACCCAAGAGGUGUCACUUAAAGUCGAAAUUACAGCAAACAUUGCAUCGCUUUAGUCGAACUUAGCAGUUUUUAAGGUUAUUUGAAAAAAUCUUCAAACAUUUAUUACAGUAAUGUAAUUGCUUAGGGCUCAUUCUUGAACUGAAAUUAAGACCGCGUCGUUGAGCUGGUGCGUCGUAGAUCUUAAGCUCUCUAUUUUCUGCGUACGCCGCUGUCUAAAUAAUUAAUGAAUUAAUUCAUUCGCUCAUGGCUAUCAUCCAUUCUAAGGUUGUUUUUAUGAAUGUUUCAUUUUAGGCGUACGACUUGUGGGCGGUUCUCACAAUGCAGGACGGGUGGAAGUUUAUUAUAACGAUACAUGGGGAACAGUUUGUGAUGAUAGGUGGGAUAUAAACGAUGCUCGUGUUGUCUGCAAGCAGCUUGGUUUUCCAGAUGCUUUGGCUGCUUAUAAUCGUGCGUAUUUUGGCCAAGGCACUGGACCGAUUUGGAUGGACGAGGUUGGAUGUAGAGGCAAUAAACCAUCGCUAUUUUCAUGUAGCCAUAAUGGAUGGGGACGUCAUGAUUGUCGUCACAGUGAAGAUGCUGGUGUUCGCUGUGGAAACACUGGUAAUGACAAAGAACGUUAAAGCUCUGAGACUACGAUCAACUUCGGAAUGGAAAAAUAUUCACUAUGUUCAUGGUUCUUUUUCAGGACGGAACAUGACAACGCCAUGGCCAACAUGGCCUCCAACGACUCCAUCAUGGAAUUGUGAGUCCUGGGAAUUCCGCUGCAGAAAUGGUCAAUGUAUUGAUCAAUCCUAUUUUUGUGAUGGUCGAUAUCAUUGUUCUGAUAGUAGUGACGAAGAUUUGUGUAAUUCUGCAGGUUAG